AAGUGGCUUUCCUGCAGGGCGAGAGGAAGGGUCAGGAGAACCUGAAGGCUGACCUCGUGCGGAGAAUCAAGAUGCUGGAAUAUGCUUUGAAGCAAGAAAGGUCAAAAUACCACAAAUUGAAAUUCGGGACGGACCUGAACCAGGGAGAAAAGAAACCAGAGGCCUCUGAACCAGUGUCCAACGGGCCAGCGGAGCCCCUUUCCCUGGAGAACAGCCCGUUCAUCUGGAAAGAAGGACGCCAACUCCUCCGUCAGUAUUUGGAAGAAGUGGGCUACACCGACACCAUCCUGGACAUGCGCUCCAAGCGCGUCCGCUCUCUGCUGGGCCGCUGCUCCAUGGAGCUGAACGGGGCUGCCGAAGCCAGCGGCCUGAGCCCCGGACCAGCCCUGGCGGCCACCAGCCUCAACGGAGGAGAAUCGCUUCUCGUCAAGCAGAUUGAGGAGCAGAUCAAAAGGAACGCAGGGAAGGAAGUGAAGGAGCGGGUCAGUAACCCCGUCAUGGAGAAGAUCCCCUUUUUGAGGGGCUGCGAGGACGACGACAGCGACGAAGAGGAGGACCUGGAAGGCCUGUCCCUGGAGACGCAGCGGCAGCACAAGAAGCAGCGCGUAAAGGUGCCCCCUCUGCUCCCGGAGCCGAAGUUUUUGGGGUGCAGGCAGGGACACUGAGCUG